UCCCUCUUUUCCGAAUUCCAUUUCACCCCUUUCUCUCUCACAACACACACACACACUCAAAACCCUAGGUAGGGAGAGAGGCUGCAAUUCGCCCCCACCGGCGAAGAUGUCGAUGUCGAAGAGCUCCAAGAUGCUGCAGUACAUCAACUACCGGAUGCGCGUCACCAUCCAGGACGGCCGCCAGCUCAUCGGAAAAUUCAUGGCCUUCGACCGCCACAUGAAUCUCGUCCUCGGCGAUUGCGAGGAGUUCCGCAAGCUGCCCCCGACCAAAGGAUCCAAGGAGGAGCGCGAGGACCGCCGCACCCUCGGCCUCGUCCUCCUCCGCGGCGAGGAGGUCAUCUCCCUCACCGUCGAGGGCCCCCCUCCCCCCGACGACUCCCGCCUCAAAACCGCCUCCGCCACCGCCGUCUCCGGUCCCGGAAUCGGCCGCGCAGCCGGCCGCGGCGUCGUCACCGGCCCGCUCUCCCAGGCCCAGCCCGGUCUAGCCGGCCCCGUCCGCGGCGUCGGCGGCCCGGCUCCCGGCAUGAUGCAGCCUCAGAUUUCCCGGCCGCCUCAGAUUUCAGUUCCACCGAUGCCGUACCCGCAGCAGCCGCCGGUGGUUAGGCCUCCGUCCGUCGCGCCUCCGCAGGGAGGGUUCCCGCCGAGGCCAGGGAUGCCUAUGCCGCCUCCGCCGCAGUUCAGGCCCGGUGGUCCGCCUCCAGCUGGAUUUGGUCCUCCUCCGCAGUAUGGGCAGAGGCCGCAGAUGAUGCCGCCGCCUCAGAUGAUGAGGGGUCCGCCUCCGCCUGGUGGCCCCCCAAGGCCUGGAAUGCCCGGUGGUCCUCCGCCUGGGCAGCAGCCGCCGAGGCCUGGUAUGGCCCCUCCGCCACCUCCCGGUGGGCAAGGGCAUAUGUUUAGGCCGGGAAUGCCGCCACCGAACGCCCCUCAUAAUCAGCAACAGUAAUCAACAAGAGGUUCCUCAAAAUUGGCUGUUCAACAGGUGUGCAGGUUAUCUGACAACAAAGCUACCGGUGGAUUUGGAGUUCGAUCUUUGCAGCUUUUGUAGCAUGUAGUAAAGAGAUGUUACUGUAGUAAUCCGGCUUCCUUGUCUUCUGGUAACUAGGAUUUGUUUUCUGAGUUUGUUACAAACGUAUGUGAUGGUGGUGAAUAUAUAUACUGUCUGAAUUCUUUGGCC